AUGGAUAUUGCUGGCUACAUUGAAAUCCGGAGACUGCUGUUGAUAAUCGGUGGGGUGGUUGUUAUUGUAGUUGUAUCUCAGUGUUUUGAGCUUCCCCCUGGUAAAAAGUUUUACUUUUCACCUGCUGAUAUGGGUUCAACUUCAACAUCCACAGUUUUUGCCAAUGUUAGCAGCUCAAACAACUCAAAGCCUAGCAAGUCUAAUGUUGGUGUUGUAGUGGGCCUAGUGGCUAAUGAUACUGAUGUUUCAGAUUUGGCACCAGACGAUGACAGUAAUUCACACAAGGAGCUCAUGUUGGAGAAGAAUUUAACCCUUGAUGAGAAUUUUCCGGUGGGGACGGAUAGAAAUGCAGAUGAUAUUUCUGUUCAGGAAAAGCCUAUCGAUUUUAGAAAUGAUUCCUUACAGAAGACUGAUAAAACAGAUGAAAGUUACAAGGCAGACAAUGGACCUAAAACAAGCUCUGGUUUAACAGUGAGUGAAGGUAGAAAUGAAGCUGGCAUUGUGCCAGUUGUAUGGCAAGGAAUCUCUACAGAGAGUCCGGAAACCUUAAAUGCAGAUUCAAAGGGCAAUGUGAAACAAACUACAGAAACCCAAAUUGAGCAUCAAAAGACUGAGCUAUGGCAACCUGUUCCAGUCACCUUGAAUGGCAAUUCUACAAUGACUAGUAUUUCCAUACUAAAGAAGUGGAAUCCACGACCAACAUCACUAUCCCAGAUGAAUGCAUUAUUGCUUCGAAUUCCUGUUUCUUCUCCUUCAAUGGUACGAAUUUAA